AUGUACAGUGCUGGCUCGAACAUUGUGGGCAAGUUCACUCAGAGUGUCAGGCGAAUAGUACAAGACGUCAAGGACGAAGGCACCGCUAGUGGCCAGACCAAAGAAGAAGUAAUAGAAACAAAUGAAAGAUUAAGAGCAGUACGAAUUCGUUUGGAAGAAUCCUAUGAUACGGCUAAAAAGUCACUCAUUACACUAAUGACUAAGUAUACAGAGAGUAAGUCAACGCGAAAUGUCUUCCAAAGGUAUAAUCUCCUGAAGGCCAUGAUUAAGGACGUCAUCCGGUUGGAAACGCAAUAUUGGACGCUGGUAGAGAUACCCAAACAAGAGAAACAAGAGACGGUACCGUCAUUCGUGCUCAGGGCUUGUGGAAUUGUGGAAAAGUCUCAAAAGUCGGGCGAAGGUGUAAAGUCUACGGCUAAAAUAGCUGAAGAGGAUGAGAAGAAACGAGAACGUAUUGAUAGACUUUGCGACAUGACGACGGCUCAAAUUGAAGCAGAGAAUACACAAAUGACAAACGACCUCUACCGAUUGUUAAAGAAAUACACUGGCCUAAGAAAUCUUAUAAGAGAACUCAAGGUAGAAUAUGUCAACUCAAAAGUGUACCCGAUAUUUCCACGCUACAAUAUACUGAAAGACUUAAUAAAGGACAUCAUGCAUCAUCAGGAAUACAUGGAAGUUUGCCACGAAGUUGAUGCCGUAUAA